UCCAACUUGCUCAUGGAUCAUCCAUAUUCCAUAGAUUUCAAACCAUCAAAAAUGGCUUGGGAGCAUGAAACUCUUUUGGAGAGAAAAAAAAAAAACAAAACAAGAAAGGUUUGUAGCCCAACAUUUUGUUUAGCGUAUGGUUAUGGCCCAAAUCUUGUCAAGUGUUGACAAUAUAAUGUAACAGAGGCCAACAACAAAUGGCGUUAUGUUGCAACUAGUUUCACAGUAAGUGCAGAUAUACUAGAGCCCAAAGGCUUUCCCUUGGUCGUCUUAUCGAAAAUCAAAUCUGAGAAAAAGUUCGACAUAUGCAGAUAUGCUGGUAAACAGAGCUCAGGAGCUCUCCCUAACUCUUGCAACAAUCACAACCAAUUUCCCUUCCUUGAGCCCUAUUCCCUCCAAAACCACCAUGCGUGGUUGCCGGUUGUAUUCUCUCUCUUUCCUUCGCCUUUUCCGCCCCCUUUCCCACCCCCAAGUCGGGUUUUUCCGCCCCCUUAUCCCACACCCUACCCCACGACUGCCCCCUUCUUUUUCCCGCCUCAAUUUCCUCGCUUCUUCCUCUUUCUCGACCUCUCCUGUUGGUUUGAUUGAUGAAAAGGAAGGGGAAGAGAACUGGGAUCUUUCUAACAAUGAAAACGAAGCAUUUUCUUUUGAAGAUGGUGAUGGGGUUUUUGCGGGGAACGAUAUGAAGCAUUUGGUUGCGCCGAAGAUGGAAGUUAAGGAGUUGGAAGAGUUGCCUGAACAGUGGAGAAGGUCGAAGCUUGCUUGGCUUUGCAAGGAGUUGCCUGCUCACAAGGCGGGUACUUUGGUUAGGAUUUUAAAUGCGCAGAGAAAGUGGAUAAGGCAAGAGGAUGCUACUUACUUGGCAGUUCAUUGUAUGAGAAUUCGAGAAAAUGAGACCGGCUUCAGGGUCUAUAAGUGGAUGAUGCAGCAACAUUGGUAUCGAUUUGAUUUUGCUCUUGCUACCAAGUUAGCAGACUACAUGGGCAAAGAGAGGAAGUUUGCAAAAUGUCGGGAGAUAUUUGAUGACAUCAUCAACCAAGGACGUGUGCCUAGUGAAUCUACAUUUCAUAUUUUGAUCGUUGCAUAUCUAAGUGCACCAGUUCAGGGUUGCUUGGAUGAAGCUUGUAGCAUUUACAAUCGGAUGAUUCAGUUAGGAGGUUACCAGCCACGUCUUAGCUUGCAUAACUCACUUUUCCGAGUUCUUUUAAGCAGACCAGGAGGCUCUUCAAAAUAUUAUCUAAAACAGGCUGAGUUUAUCUUUCACAAUUUAGAAACAUGUGGCCUUGAGAUACAAAAAGAUAUCUAUGGUGGCCUAAUUUGGUUGCAUAGCUAUCAGGAUACAGUAGAUAAAGGAAGGAUAAAGUCACUAAGGAAAAUGAUGCGAGAAGCAGCUAUGGAGGAGGGAAAAGAAGUGCUUGUGUCUGUCUUGAGAGCUUGUUCGAAGGAAGGGGAUGUUGAGGAAGCUGAAAGAAGUUGGCUCAAAAUACUUGAUUCCGGUGGCAAUAUCCCUUCUCAAGCUUUUGUAUACAAAAUGGAAGUUUACGCAAAGAUUGGAGAAAUUAUGAAAUCUUUGGAGGUAUUCAGGGAGAUGCAGAAGUAUUUGGGUUCUGCCAGUGUUGCAGCAUACCAUAAAAUCAUAGAGGUGUUUUGUAAAUCCCAGCAAAUGGACCGUGCAGAAUCCCUCAUGAAAGAAUUCAUAGAGGGUGGUAAGAAGCCACUUAUGCCAUCUUACAUUGAGCUAGUAGAAAUGUACCUCAAUUUGAGCUUACAUGAUAAGUUGGAGUUAACCUUCUUAGAGUGCCUAGAGAAGUGCCGACCCAAUCGAACUAUCUACAAUAUAUACUUGAACUCUUUGGUCAAAGUUGGAAAUCUUGGCAAAGCUGAGGAAAUCUUCAACCAAAUGCAUGGUAAUGUAACAAUUGGUGUCAAUGGCAAAUCAUGCAAUACCAUUCUAGAUGGAUACCUAUCUUCUGGAGAUUUUUUUAAGGCAGAAAAAAUAUAUGAUCUGAUGUGCCAGAAGAAAUAUGAAAUUGAAUCUUCAUUGAUGGAAAAGCUUGACUAUGUCCUUAGCUUGAGCAGGAAAGAGGUUAAGAAACCUGUGAGCCUAAAAUUAAGCAAAGAGCAACGGGAAAUAUUAGUGGGGUUGCUAUUAGGUGGUUUACAGAUUUACUCAGAUGCAGAGAGAAAGAAUCACACGAUACGGUUUGAGUUCAAUCAGAAUUCUGUUACACAUUCUAUUUUGAAGAGACAUAUUCAUGAUCAAUAUCAUGAGUGGUUACAUCCUUCCGGUAAGCCAACUGCUGGUAGUGAUGAUAUCCCACACAAAUUCAGUACCAUCUCACACUCAUACUUCGGUUUCUAUGCAGACCAGUUUUGGCCAAGGGGUCAACCAGUGAUCCCGAAGCUAAUUCACCGAUGGCUGUCUCCGCUUGUACUUGCAUACUGGUAUAUGUAUGGGGGCUACAGAACAUCAUCUGGGGAUAUUCUUUUGAAGCUGAAAGGAAGCCAGGAAGGUGUUGAGAAGGUUGUAAAAACAUUGAAAGCAAAAUCUCUGAACUGCAGAGUGAAGAGAAAGGGGAGAGUGUUUUGGAUCGGAUUUCUAGGAAGCAAUUCUACGUGGUUUUGGAAACUGGUAGAACCUCACAUAUUAGAUGACUUGAAAGAUUUUCUGAAAGCAGGCAGUGAUACCAUGGACAAUUAUGCAGUCGAAUCUCAGGACAUCAACUUCGACAGUGCAUCUGAUUCUGAUGAAAAGGAUUCUGAUUACAGCGAGGACGAUAAUUCAUGAGGCUUGUACAAAUAAAUGAUCCCAUUUUUUUUAUCAGAACAAGGAUCAACACAUUCAUCAGAAUGAUUUUCUCGUUAACAAUCACUGAGGGUGAUAAAGCCGAAUGUCAUGCCCUCUGGUUUGUGAAGCUACUAGGGCACUUCACUUCUCAGCCCUGAUGGAUCAAUGGUAUCGUGCGGCUGCAUCUGCAAUUUGUGGAUAAUUAUUAACUAAUUACUUAGUAUAUACCAUGUUACUUUUGUUUUGCUUUCUAACAAUCUGAAUAUUUGUUCAUCUUAUGGUUUUGAUUUACGUUCCCACUAGCUUUCAUAGAAGGGUGAUACAUAUAUUUUAGAGUAUAUUUAAAAAA